AUGAGACGGUCGCCGACGGAGGAGAUGGCGGAAGAGGCCAGGUUAUGGACGGGUCGGCAGAGGUGUCGUGGCGAAGACGAGGAGGACGACGAGGGUCCUGGUGUAGCUGGCGGCUCCGAAACUGAGGCCUGUCUUGGUGAUGAUGACGAUGAUGAGAAGCCCGGAGUUCCGUCUUCAGUUUCUGAGCUGCCCAUUUAUGUGUCGAUGCAUCGCGUCCGCCGGCUCGUCAAUGCAAGUAUAGAUGAUCCAUAUACACUCAGUCAGUUGAGUGACCCCAGGAUGAACAUCCUCAUCGUCCGGCCUCUCGUUGAGCGUCUUUACAACCCCAACGACAUCACCAUAGUCUACUGCCUCCUGGCCAACCGCCUCUACUUCCUCCGUCAGCAAGCAACCUCUGUCCACCAACCCAUCAACGUGGCCCGCGCAACGCUCUGCGAACUCGUAGCAGCCCGCGUCCUUCGCCGUUUCCACGAAGCCAACCCAGGCUCCCAGGGUCUCCUCUUCCUCUCGCGCCUCCUCGUCGGCGGCUUCGAUCCCUUCGAGGGCGCCCCCGAGGCCGUCGAGUUCGAAGGUCGUCGGCAGUGGGCGCCCCAGGAACGAGGCGGUCUCGAACGCAAACUCACCGCCCUCGAGCUCGCCAUCCUCUCCGAGAGCAAGACCUUCAUCUCCUCCCCGGGUUGCCAGCGCGUCAUCAACGCCGUCUACGAGGGCCGCGUCGUCUACACCCCCCUCUCCUUUGUCGAUAUCCUGCCCGACCACUACGAGUACCGCCCCAUCUCCCUCUAUGACCCACGGAAGGCGCCCUUACUAAACCACUACCGCCUCAUCGUCCCCCGCUCCCGCAACUCCAUCGAAUUCGUGCAGUUCCUCAUCCUGAUGAUCCUCUACUUCCUCGCCAUGCUCUACCGCCGCAGCAGCAACGAGGUCUUUGAGUUCCUCUUCUGCAUCUACGCCGCAGGCUGGGUCCUCGACGAAGUCGCCGCCGUUGCAGAGCACGGCUGGGAGGUCCACGCGCAGAAUCUCUGGUCCUGGCUCGACGUCACCUUUUCCGCAAUCUACGCCGCCUACGUCCUGGCGCGCAUCUACGACGUCGGGGCUGGCCACUUCCCCGACGGCCACGGCCUGCACAUCCUCCCGCUCGCGGCGCCGAUCCUCCUCACCCGCGUCGCAUUCAACAUCGCACCUGACAACAUCGUCCUCAUAUCCCUGCACGCCAUGAUGAAGGAUUUCCUGCUGCUCUCGUUCCUGGCAUGCUGGUGCUUCAUGGGCUUCCUCCUCGCGCUGCAGUGGCUUAUCGACUCCAACGACAACUUCAAUGAGACGCCCUCGUGGUUCGCCAUCUGCAAGUGGAUGCUCUGGAUAUGGUUCGGCCUCGAUGGCACCGGCAUCCAGGAGUCGACGCAGUUCCAUAUCAUUCUCGGUCCGGCGCUCAUGGUGGGCUUCGCGUUCCUCGGCAACACGCUGUUCCUGACGAUCCUCGUCGCCGUGCUGACAAACACCUUUUCCAACAUCAUUGCCGACGAGGCGGCCGAGGUACGCUUCCGCCGCGCCGUGCUGACGUUUGAGGGCGUCAAGAGCGAUGCCAUCUUUGCGUAUCCGCCGCCCUUUAACAUCUUUGCGCUCGCGACGCUGCUGCCGUUACGGUUCGCCGUGUCAGCUGAGACGUUUCAUAGAGUCAACGUCGCGCUGAUCCGCGCGUUGAAUUUGCCGACGUUGUUACUUAUUAGCCUAUACGAGAGGCGGCAGUUCUCGCGCCGGAUGAGGAAGAAGAUGGGUGGUGGUGGUCGCCGGAGGUUCUUGGGGUGGCAGCUUUCGGGAUUUUCGCCGCACGGUGAUAUCCAGGCCGUCUUUGAUACGGCGCCGCCGCCGGAAGUUGCUGAUUUGAUUGAGGGGCUGGAUAAGCUUGGCGACGAGGGGUAUGUGACGAGCGAGAUUGUGCCCAAGUUGUCGUCUGAUCUGGGCCGGCCCAUUCGCUCGAGAUCACGGCUAUGGAAUGGGGUUCAGGAGCAUGAUGAUUAA